UUUGUAUCCUCACCACUUUACACUGAGGCUGAGACGAGAGCGUGCCAUGGAGGACACCUUCACACAGCUGUCCCUUGCAGAGCACAUGGACUUCAGGAAGCCUCUGCUGGUUUAUUUCAAUGAAGUGGACAUAGAAGACAACGUAAACCAGAAGGACUUCUUCCACCUGGUCUUCCAUGAGGUGGUGUCUGCAGAGUCUGGGAUGUUCAUUUUUAACGACUCUGCCACUCUAGCCUGGUUCUCCUCUACAGCCAUGCCCCCUCUGGAGCACUACUUCCUGUUCGGAGAGCUGUGCGGGCUGGCUCUGUACCACCUCCACGCCGUGUUCCUGCCCUUUCCUCUCGCUCUUUUUAAGAAGCUGCUGGGAGUGUCUCCCUCUCUGGAUGACCGGUGCCAACUUAGCCCCUGCACCGGACAUGUUUGGGAGGAGAGUGUAACGUGGCCGUCCUUGGACCGACCUACGCAGUCCGGAGUGCAAAUCCACUGGGACCAGAAGAAGGUGCCUCUGGAUCCACACAGCCCUGACCGCCCAGUGACCGCUCACAAAGGGAACAUUGUUGGUGACUACUUCUUGGGAAAGGACCCCGCGACGGGCAUCUGGAACUUCUUCUACGACAGCGCCCCCAGUGGCAGCUACGGGACAAUGACCUAUCUGUCCAAAGCCGCGGUCACCUACGUUCAAGACUUCCUGCCCAACACAAGCUGCCUGGUACAGCGAAGACUCCUCGUGUGA